UUGUUUAGCAGCAAAUGGCGACCCCGAGAUAACAUCACCUUCGCCAACCUUUCGAAAUCCGCUCUUUUUCGGCUCAAGCACUUUUCUCCAACACUCCCCUCCACCGCCAGCACCUGCGAAAGACCCCCCCGGCGGCGAUGGGCAGGUCGAGGUCGAGGAGCAGAUCGCCCAAGAGGCACAAGAGCAAGAGAUCCCACAAGAGGCGUUCUCGCUCGAGGGACAGGGAGAGGCGGAGGCACAGGGACCGAGAGCGAUCCAAGGAGCGGGCGGCCAAGGCGAGUCGCAAACCAUCAAGAUCAUCCUCUUCAUCAUCAAGCAGUGAUGAAGAACCUAGAACGAGAGAGAAAAAGAUUGAUGAGGUGGACAGAUUGGCUGAAUUGGAGAGAGUUAGGAGACAGAGGGAGGCUGAACAAAAAAUGGUUGAAGAAGUAGCAGCCAAAAGGUUGGAGGAGUUAGUAGCUCGGAGAGUAGAGGAGGAGCUAGAACGAAGGAGGGAUGAGAUAGAAGCUGAAGUUUUAAGGAGAGUAGAGGAGGCCAAGCGCCUCAUGGAACAACAGAUGCUCGAAGAGCUUCAGGAAAAGCGCCGGCAGCAGGAGGAGGAUCAAAAGAAGCGAGAGGAGGAGGAACGUAAACAGCGGGAGGAACUGGAGCGAAUUAUGGAAGAGAACAAAAGAAAAAUAGAGAUUGCCCAGAUGAAAUUGGCUGAGCAGCAGCUACAGAUGGUGGAGGAGCAGCGAAAGAUUGAUGAGGAGCGGCAGAAAAUCAAGAGGGAGCAGGAAAAGCGGACACGUGAGGAGCAAAAGAUCAUCCUUGGGAAGAACAAUGCGCGGCCCAAGAUCUCCUUCUCUAUCUAAAGCUAGAUACCCACAUGCAUGGGGUCUUUUAUGUUGUAGGUCCACACUCUUUCAUAUGAUUUCAAUUUGUUUUUCUAAUUUUUAAUUAUUUUUUUUUGUCUUUUUCUUUUUUUCCUUAGUCAUUAUUACCAUCGUAUACUUUAUCUCUUUUUCGUUUUUUGUUUUUUACAGGAUAUGUUUCUGCUAUGCAUGAGUGUGAUUGACUUAACUGAUAAGGGUGUGGAGAGCCACACACUUUGUGAUUGCAUGAAACCUUGGUUUUAUUUACUGUUGGUGUUAUUAUAAUUGUUGUUAUUAUUAUUAUUAUUAUUAUUAUUAUUAUUAUUAUUAUUAUUAUCAUCAUCAUCAUCACUACCACCACCACUUACUAUCACUCUUACUAUUAUUAUUAUUAUGAAUAUUAUUACUAUUAUCAUUUUCAUUAUUGCUUAUUAUUUUUUCAUUGUUAUUAUUACUUUAGUAUUGAUUUAUUUGUGCUAUUUCAGUGAUGCUCAUCUCUUGUUUUUAGAAUAUGCAGUUGCACGAGUGUCUGGCUUUCCAUUAAACAUAGUAGAAAAUAAGCUAGUUAAGGGUCUUUCAGAACCUGGGUUCUCUUGAUGUCAAUGCCUACAAUGUGAGUGCUAAAUGUUACGACAAAAGUGGAAGUAGAAACUACUGCCCAAACCCCUACUUCUUUUGCUUUGAGUGAUAGAAGGCAAAAACUAAGCUAUAAUCUGCGAUUGUGUCAUAAUCGUGACGGUGAAAGCUAACGGUGAAAGAAUAUAAUUCAGAGGGUAAUGAACACUACUAUAAGAAAACCCCCUGACAAUGGCUCAGGCCAGCACUCAGAGUAGCUAGGACUAAUGCUGCAUUAGGCAGUCUUGGUUCAUACUGAUGUAUUUCAGGCGCUUAUAGUAUAACUGUAUCCUAAUCAUCUGCAGAUCAUUUCAUAUGUCCUUCAUCCCAUGUUUGUAAAGUCAUGAUCUUUCACCCGAGUAAGUGUCUUGCCAUAGUGGCAGCAGACAUAAGAAAACAAUUGUAUAUAUAGCACAUGGAUCACAGAUCAUGUACAAAGUUGUACUUCUUUGGUUGGAGUAGAACUUCAGCUACUUUUCACCUGCACUGGUGAAGACUUCCUCAUCAGUCUUUAGAGAAUGGAAAUAAAUACCAUUUGUAUUGGA